AUGUCUAUCAAUAAAUCCGAAGCCGUGGAGACUACCACCGCCUCUCCGCCGGUGAAACGGUCAUUUGGGUCACGAACCGCCACUCAUUUCAAGAAGUGGUGGUGGGUACACUUGAUUAUCUUCAUCAUCGUGCUCCUUGUCAUCCUGUUGCCAGUAGUCUAUGUCGCAUACCCCAAGAUUGCCCAGAAUGACAUCAAUAGCUCCACUCUCAACAUCACAAGCAUGGUUAUCAGCGACCCAGCGCCCAAGUCCUUUUUCCUCGAUCAAACCCAAGUCAUUGGCUCUGAUAGUUCUUACCACCCUGAAAUCUUCUCCUUUGAUGCCGCUGUAUCGUUGGUGGGAGCCGCAUCCGCGUUUGCGACUGUCAAUGUUCCCGCAGUGAAGUCCAAAGAUGGGGCAGAAGUCGAUGUGUCGCAGACCCUCGAUCUGAGUGAUGCCGACGCCUUUGCCGACUACUGCACCGCCGUUAUGAUGAACGAAGAAGUCUCGUUGAAUAUUUAUGGAAAGCCAAAGUUGCAACAAGGAUCAUUGCCAAAAGUGACUGUGACAUAUAACAAGACUGUUACCAUGAAAGGUCUUAACAAACUCAGCGGAUUUGAUGUCACCGAGUUCCAUAUCUUGACUACAGCCGUGAAUGGGCGCAACAUGAACGGCACAGUCUACAUUCCCAAUCCCUCCGUGAUGACAUUGAGCAUGGGAAAUGUGACCCUCAACCUUCUCGUGGCAAAUGAAACCUUGGGUUAUUCCUAUCUCGAAAACCUUGUCCUCAAGCCAGGAAACAACACCGUUCCAAUGACCGCGACCGUGGAUGAAGUUGCGAUUGUCAACAUGCUUAUCUCGUCUAGCAACCCCUAUACCGACGGCGUUGUGCCAUUCACUAUUACUGGAAACUCCAGUGUUUAUAACGGCAACGAGUUGCCUUACUUCACCGAUGCAUUGAGCGCAAACAACCUUACCGUGCAACUGAAUGUCACCAAGGCGCUUGCGGAGAUUGGCGUCAAGCUCUAA